ACCAACAAGCAGAGAGGCGGACGAUAACAGCAUCCAUUGCUGUUAUUCAGCCUUCACACAUCUCAAUGAACUGCUCGCAAAGAACUCACUGAUCGUGCCUACUGCUUUUUGCAGGGCAGAGAUACCGAUCAGUGUCUAAAAACUGCAUCCCCUUUUCUUAUGAGAUUAUUUUUCAUAGACUUUUUUUUUUUUUUUUUAACUUCAAGGUCUCUGUAGCCUAUCUCUUUCCACCAUGGUGCUAGGAAAGGUAAAGAGCUUCACAGUAAGCUACGACUGUCUCAAUGACAGCAAUGUUCCCGUGUUCUCCAGCGGGGACUGCGUCUCAGGGAGGGUGAUCAUCGAAGUCACGGGAGACAUCCGUGUGAAAUCUCUCAAAAUCCACGCAAAAGGAUUUGCAAAAGUUCGUUGGACCGAAUCGAGAAAUGCUGGAUCCAACACUGCCUACACGCAAAACUACACAGAAGAAGUGGAAUACCUAAAUCACAAAGAUAUCUUAAUCGGACACGAGAGAGACGAUGACAACUCUGAGGAAGGACUCACCACUAUCCAUUCAGGAAGACAUGAGUAUGCAUUCAGCCUCGAGCUUCCACAGACACCUCUGGCUACCUCUUUUGAAGGGAAGCAUGGCAGUGUGCGCUAUUGGGUGAAGGCAGAACUUCACAGGCCAUGGCUCCUGCCCAUGAAGACCAAGAAGGAAUUUACAGUCUUUGAGCACAUCGACAUCAACACUCCAUUAUUGCUGUCACCACAGGCCGGCACAAAAGACAAGACGCUUUGCUGUUGGUUCUGCACCUCAGGUCCAAUUUCCCUAAGUGCCAAAAUUGAAAGGAAGGGAUACACCCCAGGAGAGUCAAUCCAGAUCUUUGCCGAGAUUGAGAACUGCUCAUCCCGCAUGGUGGUGCCAAAGGCAGCCAUCUACCAGACCCAGACCUUCUAUGCCAAAGGGAAGAUGAAGGAGGUCAAGCAGCUGGUGGCCAACCUGCGGGGAGAGUCUUUGUCCUCGGGCAAAACUGAGACCUGGAGCGGCAAGAUGCUGAAGAUCCCACCUGUCUCGCCCUCCAUCCUGGACUGCAGCAUCAUCAGAGUGGAGUACUCGCUCAUGGUUUACGUGGACAUACCCGGGGCAAUUAACCUGUCCCUGAACCUGCCCCUGGUCAUCGGAACCAUCCCUCUCCACCCCUUCGGUUCCCGUACAUCCAGCGUCAGCAGCCAGUGCAGCAUGAGCUGGCUGGGCAUGGGUCUGCCUGAGAGACCUGAAGCUCCUCCAAGCUAUGCAGAAAUUGUGACAGAAGAGCAGAGGCAGAGCAGUAUGGAUGUCCCAGCAGCCCGCGAGGAGCUGGAUGGACCUCUCUUUGCCUAUAUUCAUGAGUUCCGCUUCCAGCCUCCUCCUCUGUACUCUGAGAUUGAUCCAAACCCAGAUCACGCCAGGCGUACAGAGGAGCGCAGGCUCGACGCCUGUCCGUCACGCUGAAGGGUGUUCCUGAAAUUCCCCCGACCAACUCGAGGAACUCGCAGGAACCCGUUUGCAAGGCUCAGCUUUGUUUAUUUUUCUCAAACAACAACGUUCACGCUACGCUGUUGACAUCAAGAGAAAAACAAAGUGUCCAACCAACCAACAAAGUCUUGGACAAAUACCCACAGUUGGGUUGGGUUGGACAAAUCUGUUCCUGCCUUCCCUCAGUGAGAGAAACAGGAGUCGCAAGUUUGGGGUAUCACUUCCUUCCUGUAUCAGUCUGCUGAGGGUGGGAUAUGUACAGAUGAACACAUAUUCAGUCUGUAUGAGAAUAAAAAAACCCACUAGUAGCGAGAGCCCUGGUGAUGGUAUUGACGAUGAAAAAGAAGAAUCACCAAGGCUCAGCCUGCCAAGUUUCUCUUUCACCCUUGAUUCUUCUGCACUCAUGGCACAUAUGGACAUGGCUCCUCACACAAAGGGCAGGACUAAUCAUGUCCAGACUUCAGCAGAAUCACCUACGGAAAAGGGUCUGAAGAGAGAAAAAAAAAAACCAACAACAAAGUUCUAACCACCAUAGUCUGUAUGAAAAGUUUUCAGCGGCAGCAGUCAUCAACAGAGCAAAGACUAGGUCCUCCUGCCUGAUUUGGGAUUCUGUUUUGCACAUUUUAUUCUUUACUUGAGUUGUGUGGCUCCAUUUUUAAUGAUGAGAAUUGGAAAAAAAAAAAUCACUAAUAGUUUGGUUUCACCCUUGUUAUGCGCCAGACUAAAAAUACGAGACUGCAGGCUUAACGUUUAAGACUUUCUGCUGCAUAACUUUGAGCAACGCUGAGAACAGGAUUUGAUUUUUAAAAAAAAAAAAAAAAAAAAAGACUGAAAAGGUCAAGAACAAUGCACUGAAUAUGUUUUAAGCUGUUUAAGAAUUUUCUUUCUCUCCUUAUGACAUUUCCUCAGUGACUUAUAACAACUAGACUGGACUUUUACAACAGCUGCAGCACACUAUCUCCAUCUGGAAGCUCUUUAAGUUGUUGCCUCCUCAGCUUGGAUCCAAUUGUGGCUUCACCUCCUUUUAGUUUAGUUCUGUUAGUCUUUUUUUGUAUUUAACUCCAAUCAUAGAAUAGCUUUUAGCCUUUUUUGUGUUGCGGUUGCUCUGGAUUUGGACUAGGAGGGUUGCAGACCUGCAUUUGCCACUCAAAUUGUAGCUGAGAUGUGUGUGUGUGUGUGUGUGUGUGUGUGUCUGUGUGUCUGUGUGUCUGUGUCUGUGUGUGUGUGUGUGUGUGUGUGUGUGUGUGACAGCAGGUGGUGCAUUGUGGAGGGACUCACCUCACCCUUACUGCCUGCAGCCCCUCUACUCCUAAUCUCAGGGCAAGCCAGGCUUGCAUAACUGCCCAAAAAGCACUGUCUCAGGUGGUCUUCUCACUUGCCAAACCGUUGGAAAAAAAAAAAAA